CAGAUCGACCACAACGGCGAGCACAAGCACGCCGAGGUUAUCAACGACGAGAAUUAACCAAAAGAUUGCAUGCGACAGCCAAAAACUACUUUCCAAAUCAUUCGGUCAUGAUGACCUCGACAAGCGCAUUCGAUCCACUCAGUAUCAAUCUUGCAAAACAAAAACGCGCUCUCCUCGCUCUUCUGCCUUCCAGUUCCAUUCAUAUCCAACAAAUAACAGAAGCGAACACACCAGCUCAUGCUCUGUCCACACUAUCUUGCCUGCUAGCUAUUCCAGCUCUCACUCUGACCAUCGCUGAUUUAUUCAGACCUCUCUUGAUUGACUUAUGCGCCAGAUGGCUUCACGACGAUGACGAUAUCGAAGACAGAUUCAUCGCCUUUUGUCUCCUCAUUGAGUUUCAUGAGGAACUAUAUCCAUGCUUAUACGCUUUCUUACAAAAACAAUGUCUAUCCGAGGGGCCGCUUGCUUUCAUAGCUGCGGCUGCUUCUGUUGCUGACAUUGACACCACUCGCCUGCACUGCAUGUUGCUUGCAUACUAUCGCCUUCUCCGUGCCAACCGCCUCCUCCCCAAGCGUCUUCUUUGGGACGAGUCACUAUUAUCCAAGUUACUCUUCCCGCCGCACCCCGAUACGGGUAUACGGUUAUUAGCUGCCCGCUGUUAUGCAUCGCAUGUCGGUAUGGCAGAAAUUGAGCGCGAGAAGCUCAUCACCCAUGUCCUUGGCGAGUUUUGUGGCGUCGAUUGUCCAAUUAACUAUGGCCAGAAUAUUGACGGAACUGUUGUUGAGACCGACGGCUGGCUUGUACCUACAUUGGAGAUCAGACGCAUCCACGACGCACGCGAUGCAAUUCUCAAAGGACCCGAUUUUUAUUCUCUCGACGCAGAGGAUGUAGUACAGCCUCUUUCGGAGGCAGACCUGAGUCCUUGGAUCGCGAACAUCCACGGCAUAUUGAUGCUCAAGUCAUCUCCAACCCUACCUUCUCCUUCUCACAUCAUCGCAACACCUUCCGCCAUCUCUGCUCUCCGUGAGAUUACAGCGCACGUCUCGCUUCGCUUGCCUGUCCUCCUAUCUUCCCCACCUUCCUCAGGAAAAUCACUCUUCAUCUCCCACCUUGCUUCCGACUUACACCCGACUACACCAGUCAGCGAGCUCAUCGUGACCGUUCACCUAGCUGACACUUCCCUUGACCCUCGUGCCCUUCUUGGCUCAUACGUUUCCUCACCAACACAAUUAGGCACUUUUGAGUGGAAGGAUGGUGUACUCGUGCGCGCGCUGCGCGAGGGGCGCUGGCUUGUGCUUUCUGACAUUGAUCGUGCUAGCAUGGAAGUUUUGGCUCUGCUGAAGCCACUCGUCGAGAGUAUGGGACUUGGAAAUUGGAUCGGACAUCGUGCAGGUGUAGAGGUCCCUGGCAAAGGCCGCGUCGAGGCUCGUGAGGGUUUUGCGUUGUUUGCCACUCGAUCCCUUGCUGUCGGGCACGGGAAAAAUGUACCUCCGCCAACAUUCUUUGGUUCGCAUAAGUGGCACGAAGUGAUGGUGACCGCACCAGACGCGCAAGAGGUCAGGUCUAUCAUGGAAAGCAAGUUUCCGAGGAUUUUGGGAGCUACUGUCGCUUUCAUAAGGCUCUGGGCUGAUGUGCAAGCCCUCGGCUCAACAUCAUCUUCGCGCCCUGUCGGGCUGCGUGAACUCCAGAAGUUCUGCCAGCGGGUUGAGCGCCUUCUGCCAUCCAGCCACACAGUGGAUGUGGACAUGGAUAAUGACGCCCGGUCACCACUCUCAAACAUCUUCCCCAACCCGAGUCUCCGUGAAGAAAUAUUCCUCGAAGCCCGCGAUGUCUUUUUCGGCGCAGGAACUCUCACCGCGUCUGCGCGUGCACACUCUGCGCGGGUUUCCUCCGUUAUCGGUGCGCAUUUGGAUUUGGAUGAAGAGCGGCAGGCAUGGUUGCUUUUGAGGCACACAUCAGAUUUUGAAAUCGAGAAAGAUGUGAACGGGGAUGUGCUGGCCGCACGCUGUGGGCGCACACGUCUUCCCGCCCGUCCCGUGAAGGGUAUGAGCACGGGCGCAUCCUCACGACCCUUCGCUCUGCACAAACCUGCUCUGUCGCUACUCUCCCGCAUCAGCACUGCACUCGCGCUAUCUGAACCCGUUCUACUUACUGGCGAGACCGGUACGGGUAAGACGAGUGCAGUGACAUACCUUGCAUCAUUACUACGCCGUCCACUAAUUUCGCUGAAUCUCUCACACCAGACAGAAGCAUCAGACCUCCUUGGGGGCUUUCGUCCUGUUGAUGCACGCGUCAAGGGGAGCGAGUUGAUGGAACAUUGGAGUGAGUUGUUCGGGGGAACGUUCAGCCGCAAACGAAAUGCGGGCUUUGAGGACGGUUUGAGGAAAGCUGUGAGGGAAGGGCGGUGGAAGAGGGCUGUUGGUAUGUGGAAGGAGAGUGGGAAGAUGGCAAGGGAGCGAAUUCGAGGCAAGGUUGAAGGAGAUGUAGGGGAGAACGACCCAGAUGCGCCGAGAAAACGAAGGAAAGUCGAGGCCGAGUUGAGGGUCUCCGAAGCAGACUGGGAACGAUUUGAAAAGGAUGUGGAGGAAUUUGAUCUGCAACACGCACAAGGGAAAGGCAAAUUCACGUUUGAUUUCGUGGAGGGUCCUCUGGUGAAGGCUCUACGCGCUGGUGAUUGGAUCCUCCUUGACGAGAUCAACCUAGCAAGUUCCGAGACGCUAGAGUGUAUAACAGGCCUCCUGCGCAGUCCAACAGCCUCAAUAACGCUUACUGAGCAAGGCUCCCUGUCUGCUGUCCCACGACAUCCUGACUUUCGUCUCUUCGCAUGCAUGAACCCCGCUACUGACGUUGGCAAAAAAGACCUCCCGCCCACCAUCCGUGCACGCUUCACAGAAAUCGAUGUUCCUCCCCCCGACGCAGAUCGCGAGACUCUCCUCAGCAUUGUUUCGCAGUAUAUUGGGGCAAGUGCGGUUGGUGACAAAGGUGCUGUGAUGGACGUUGCGGAAUUCUACAUCUCUGUCAAGGGUGCAGAGCUCGCAGAUGGCUCGAACAAGAAGCCGCAUUACAGCAUGCGUACGCUGGCGAGAGCCCUGACCUUUGCUGCAGAGAUUGCAGGGAUGUUCGGAUUGCGACGUGCACUUUGGGAGGGGAUGCUGAUGGCAUUCACUAUGGUGCUGGACGGGAGAAGCGCAGAAACAGUGACCGCCCUUGCACAAAAGCAUAUCCUCGCUGGCGUCCGUAAUCCCCGAUCAUUGCUUGCCAGGGAACCGAAUCUUCCUCCUGGCCACUCGGUAGAGGAAUUCAUCAAGUUUGGACCAUUUCAUCUAGAGAAGGGGCCGCUUCCCGAGGAUCUCAUGGAGGAAUAUAUCAUGACGCCAUCGGUUGAGAAGAAACUCGUCGAUCUCGCAAGAAUCGUGUUGACUCGACGCUUUCCCGUGCUGAUUGAGGGACCCACCUCAGCAGGCAAGACGAGUGCAGUAGAGUACCUUGCUCGCAGAACCGGCCACCGCUUCAUCCGUAUCAACAACCAUGAGCACACUGACGUGCAGGAAUAUCUCGGCUCAUACGUUCCUGAUCCUGCCACCGGCAAGCUCGUGUUCAAAGAUGGCCUCCUUGUCCAUGCUCUCCGUCAUGGGCAUUGGAUCGUAUUGGACGAGCUGAACCUUGCACCUACGGACGUAUUAGAGGCUCUCAAUCGACUGCUCGACGACAAUCGGGAACUUGUCGUUCCGGAGACACAAGAGGUCAUUCGCCCACAUCCGCACUUCAUGCUCUUCGCAACGCAGAAUCCUCCUGGCCUAUAUGCAGGGAGGAAGGUUUUGUCCCGUGCCUUCCGAAACCGUUUCCUCGAGGUUCACUUCCAAGAUGUGCCCCAGGCUGAGCUCGAAACCAUUCUCUGCCAGCGUUGCCGCAUCGCACCUUCAUACGGCCAGAAAAUCGUCAGUGUGUUCCGUGAAUUGCAGAAACGUCGUCAGUCAGGUCGCGUCUUCGAGAGCAAGCAAGGUUUUGCUACUCUUCGUGAUCUCUUUAGAUGGGCUGGUCGUGAUGCAGUGGGUUAUCAAGAGUUGGCGGAGAAUGGGUACAUGCUACUUGCGGAACGUGCGCGACGCGAGGACGACAAACUCGUGGUGAAGGAGGUCAUAGAGUCCAUCAUGAAGGUUCGCAUCGACGAGCGGGCGAUCUAUGACCUUCAUUCCACAUUAGGGGAUGCACAGAGCUUUUUAGGAUGCCCCAUACCGCAAGACUCGCAGGUCGUCUGGACCAGUGCGAUGCAGCGCCUGUUCGUCCUAGUGUCACGUGCUUUACGAUUCAACGAACCUGUGCUUUUGGUGGGAGAGACAGGUUCUGGCAAGACGUCUGUCUGUCAGCUGUAUGCGGAGGUCAUCUCCAAGCAUUUGUAUACGCUGAGCUGCCACCAAAACACCGAGACCGCGGACCUCAUCGGUGGCUUGCGACCUGUUCGCAACCGAGCCUCAACCGAGGCUAAUAUCAUUCGUGACGCUAACACCAUUCUUGAACGCGCUGGCAUUGACGACCUACCUUCUGAUGCGCAACAACUGCUGUCUCGAAUCAAUGCGCUCCUCAAGACAGGCAAAGAUUUGGACCCGUCGCUUCUCACUCCCUUACGCGAUAUUCAAGAGAAUCUCAACCGGAUUUCCUGCUUGUUCGAGUGGCAUGAUGGGCCAUUGGUCCGCGCAAUGCGUGGAGGAGACGUUUUCCUUCUCGACGAGAUCUCCCUUGCCGACGAUUCUGUUCUAGAACGUUUGAACAGCGUCCUGGAACCUGGCCGCACGAUUGUGCUUGCUGAACGUGGCGGUACUGACGGCGAUUAUCCUGCCAUUCAUGCUUCCAACGAGUUCAAGUUGCUCGCUACCAUGAAUCCGGGCGGUGAUUAUGGCAAGAAAGAGCUUUCUCCUGCUCUACGGAACCGUUUCACGGAGAUUUGGGUACCAGCGGUCACCAGUCAGGCGGAUUUACGGUUGAUUGUCGACCACUCAUGGAAGCACGACUCCAUGAAACCGUUCACGGAUCUGCUUCUGCAGUUUACUAACUGGCUUCGGGAUAGAGUUCGCGACACUGCUAUUUGCUCCUUGCGAGAUAUAUUGGCUUGGGUAACAUUCGCUAAUGCUGCGUAUUCCGGCAGCGCGGAAACUUCCAUGUUACCGGCAGAAAUCUUCCACCAUGCAGCCCACAUGACUUUCCUCGACGGUCUUGGAUCCUUGCCACAGCUAGCUUCUUAUUCGUCUGACGCGCUCACUCAACUGAGGAAUGAUGCCAUCAAAAUGCUACAGACGCUCGUACCGUUCACGGAGACCGAAACGUCGUACGCUUUUAACGCGUCGAACUUCGUGCAACUUGGGUCUUUUGCCAUCCCCAGAGGUCCGUUAGGAUCAGUAUUGCAUGAUUUCAAUCUACAGGCACCGACUGCUCGUGAUAACGCAAUGCGAGUAGUCAGGGCAUGUCAGGUCUCCAAGCCGGUCCUCCUGGAAGGCAGUCCAGGCGUCGGAAAAACCAGUUUAAUCACUACUCUUGCCAUGCUUUCGGGAUAUCAGCUCUGUCGGAUCAACUUGUCUGACCAGACGGACCUCAUGGAUCUUUUCGGUUCAGAUCUUCCUGUUGAGAACGGCUCUCCUGGAGAGUUCGCCUGGAAAGAUGCCGAGUUCUUAACGGCCAUGCAAGAAGGACAUUGGGUUCUCCUCGACGAGAUGAAUCUUGCACCCCAAGCCAUCCUCGAGGGCCUUAAUGCUGUACUGGACCACCGCGGUACCGUGUACAUUCCCGAGCUCGGGAGAUCCUUCGUUCGGCACCCCGCCUUCCGUGUCUUCGCGGCACAAAAUCCAUUGCAACAAGGAGGGGGUCGCAAGGGUCUUCCGAAGUCGUUUCUGGAUCGGUUCACCAAGGUUUAUAUCGAGGAGCUAUCUCCCGAGGACCUUCUUCUUGUCUGCCGAGAACGUUUCAAUGGUUGUGAUGAGGACGUGCUACGUGCCAUGAUAACAUACAACAAUCGCCUAAACCAGGAAGUUGUGCACAGAAGGACCUUUGGUCGCGACGGCAGUCCUUGGGAAUUCAACCUCCGCGAUGUCAUCCGGUGGGGAGAGCUAUUGCAAUCAUCGCCAAUUUCGCAUCAUCCUCGAGACUUCUUGCGAGUCAUCUACCUCAGCAGGUUUAGGACUCUCGCCGAUCGUGACUGCGCCCAACAAUUGUUCGAUCAGAUAUUUUCUCUGUCUAGCCCGACCAUCCUUCAUAAUCCGUAUCCUUUCAUAUCAUCGUCACACUUCCGUGUCGGGCACUACCUCGUAAAACGAAGCAGUAACACCCUCGGCGUCCGACCUAGGUGCCUACUACAAGCGCACCUUGCUGCACUAGAAGCUAUUGGGGCAUGCCUCUCCAGGUCAUGGUUAGUCAUCGUUACGGGACGACACGACAGCGGUAAGUCAGAACUCAUCCGUACUGUCGCUGAUGUUUCAGGGAAUGUCCUUCAUGAGAUAACCAUCACCAGUUCCACCGAUACCAUGGACAUUCUCGGAGGUUUCGAACAAAUGGAUCACCGCACUCGGGUGCUUGCUCUCGUUCAAGACAUUAUCACGUUUGGAGAAAGUUGUUCCAGGUGCCUGUCCAGCUGUACCACUGAGCACCAGACACGCCUUUCACUCCUUCUCAGAUUGCAUUCAUCACCUCCUCCAUCCUCCAACACCCUCCUCCAUUCUGCAGCACAAGUACUAGCGACCUUCGCUGGUGAUGAAGAUUCUUCGGAUGAAGCGCAGGCCUUACUGCAUCGCGUUCGGCAGUUAUCGUCCGUGGUGACGUCAGGUGGCCAAUUUGAAUGGGUCGAUGGACCACUUGUACGAGCAAUCAAGCGAGGCCAUUGGGUAGUUCUGGAUGGCGCGAAUCUCUGCAAUCCUUCCGUCCUCGAUCGACUGAACUCUCUUUGUGAGCCUGGUGGAGUUCUCGUUCUCAGUGAGAGAGGAUAUGUCAACGGUGCGGUACAAACGCUCAAACCACAUCCGAAUUUUCGCCUGUUUAUGACAUCUGAUCCUCGAUAUGGCGAGUUGUCGCGAGCGAUGCGAAAUCGUGGUAUCGAAGUGUCAUUGGCCACAUCUUUCUCUUCAGAAGACGAACUUCGCCUCCGGCUUCAUCAUCGGCUUCCUAGAACGGUCUUAGGCACGGGUCAUCCUCUCGCCUUAAUACACGAGCUUGUGCGUAGAGGAAUCUAUUGCAGUCACUGCGGAGAAGGUAGCGAUUCCUGGCCGUCUGGGUUAAUUGAAGAAGAGUCUUCCACGUCUUCGUUGAUCACUCUGGCACCGUUCCUUCGACCUACCAAACCGGACCUUCGUGCUAUGAUUCAUUUCACCCUAAGGACCAUCCCUUCGGAUGUUACUCUUUCGUUGCGGCGCUACAUGAAGCUGGCAAGACCUCCAUGCUUAUCACAGUCUAUUUUGGACGAUACCCUUUCUUCGGAAGCUUUCAAACUGUUUGCUGAGUGGCGAAAAGAUCUCCUCGCUUCCCGAGUAACGAACGACGCUACCACAGUUCUGCCAAUGGAUAUUUUCAUGGUCUGUCCACCAUGCAAAUUCUGCAGUCAUGAAAACGGUCAUCAUCCAACACACUUGAUGCUCCUUCAAAUUUUGAACCUGAUAGCUGCAAUUUUCAUCGAAGACACCGAACGCGCGGGGAUGCCGCAAGAAUUGCGUGGCACAGGAGCGAGCAAGAUGACUUUACCAACACGUCAGCAACAACCGACAUACUUACGACUGUUGGAUACUGUUCAUGAACUUCUGGGAGAGGUGCGUAGAGCAGCUGAGGAGAUUUUCAACCAAGUCGUUGGAAGAUCUCAAGUUCAGCUGGUAGACCUUGAACGCGCCCUCAAACUUCUUAGCAUAUCCAGGCAACUUCGACGAGCAGGAGCGGGCACGUAUGUCGAUUAUUCGUCGAUACAGGCAUGCUCUACGUCAAUCAUCGCCGCACUGCAAUCGCGGAGCCCAGCCUUUGAUCGUCUCGCAAGUAUCUCUGCUGUGCUAGAUGAGGCAGUUUCCCCCACCUCUGGACUAGGCUUAACAAACAUGUGGACACACUUGUUCGCACCAAAGGCUAUCGAAGUCUCAGUUCCAGAAAUUAGAAGUCUCGAGUACGCCGCUGGGAAACCAUAUGAAGGCUUGAAUCAGCACACUCGCCGCAGGCAAAUUCUAGAAGUCUUAUCCCUUAGUACCCUUCCGUGCAUGAGUACAGUAUCUACUAGCUUAGAGACGGGAUUGGCACACACGGUGAAAAAGAUUACCUUGAACUUUGAUGGGGGCGGUGUUUCUUUCAAACGAUAUGUCGACCCAUCUCUCCUUAUCUGCGAAUUGCCCUGGUUGUGUAACAUUCGCGAGGCAUCAACAUCGUCAUCGUCAUCAUCGUCCGUUCCGUCUGCCAUGAAACGCUUGAUUGACGUGGCAUGCGAGGAGCCACGCGAGGAUUUGGCACGCUUUGCAUCAUAUCAGCAUUUCAUAUGGGCACAUGACGCGGGAGAGAAAGUUCCUACGCACCUAUUGACUGCUUUGCAAACCCGGUGGCUCGCAAGUCUCUGGCAUUCACGCUUUACCCAGGCCGAAAUACUUGAUGGGCCAGACGUCCUCCUUUCCCCAACUCUGCUUCGAGUCUCCACAGAACUGAACCAAGCGCGGAAUGUUUCACUAUCGUCCCUCGAAGAACACGAAGCAUCCAUUCGCCGUCACCUACAACUGCUCUCUAUGCAAACUGUUGUUCACGAAUCGCGGGUACAACAGUUGUCAGCAUUCAUGUACCAAUGCAUGUUAUCUAUUGCAUCUUGCUUUGCUUCAUCCUUUGAUGAUAUCAGCUGGCAAGCAGUGCUGGGAUCUUCCGUCAAUAGCAGCGCCUUCCCCUUGACAAUGUUGUCUCUCCUCGAAAAUUCCAAGCAUGAGCCUUUCCGAGCAGCUAUCCAAUUGUUUAUGCGCCCCACCGUUACACAGUUCGCAGCGCACCACCAGCCUCGAGACAUGAAGGUGGCUCGCUUGGGACAUUGCUACGUUUCCCUCAGCAGAGCGAUCCUUAACCUCUCGAUUCCUGAUCUUCCGGUAGACCCUGCAGCCGUGAUCCAUCGUUUAGCGGAGUAUUCGCAGGAAGAAAGUGAAUUUUUGUCGAAGCAGUCGUCUCUGCAUAGAGUGUGGGAGCAUCGAACCGCUGGUAACCUGUCCAACAGCGUUAUACAGUAUCUCGAUGUUUUAUCCGAAGGAGAAAGCAAAAAUCUGCCCCAGGGUUCCUCAAACCUUCCCCGACGUCCUGAUGGUAAUCGCAUUCACGCUUUUUGGUCCGAGGUUUCGCAGCUUCAAAGCCAAGUCAUUCAACCUAGCAAGGUCGAUGGCCUGAUUGCCCUUCUUGAAACCGGUGAUCCCUCUGCUUUUACACGCGAAUCCGUGAUGCAGGAAUCAAUAUCUGGUUUUUGUCAACGGAUAGACAAUCUUUACCAUGACUAUGAAGAUAUUGCAAAGAUUAUCCUCCUGGCGCUCCUCCUCCUCCGUCUCGGAAUUCGACUCGUUCGCUGUUCUACACAGCAAAUGUCCUACGCUCAGCACACUCAACAGAACAUGAUUGCUGCUUCCCUGGUGGCAUAUCCAUCUAUUCACAGCGCGCAGUUGCUGCAGACGCAACUUGAACAAGGAGCUGCAUCUGGAGCAUCUCCCUCUGACCAGGUCCUCCUCCAUGUUUCAGCCAUAGUCCUUCAAGCUGCCAUGUCGGGCCUUGCUCCCCAUGCUACUGCUGUCCAUGCAGCAUAUGAACAGGCAUUCAGGCUUUGGACUAUGGACCGCACCCGCCAAGAUGAGAAGGAACACGAUGGCUCCUCGCUAUACAAACGUAGUGCCCUGGAUCACAAUGCCUCCACGGAAGUCGAAGCGGAGCAGAAAGAGUUUUUGGAGCUAUUCCCGACAUUUGAGGACGCACUCGCUAGUCCUGACGGUGUGCCCAACAGGAUUCACGAGAAGCACUCUGAGUUCUUCGGUGUCUCUGCAGCCGAAGCGUUGCUGGGGAUGCACUUCGAACUCACCGGAGUUGCUAGCAUCGGCAUCAGUGUCGAAGGUCCCGAUAGGAUGUUCAAAUCAUCUCGUCAGUCGGUUUUGAAGAUGCUCCUCGACAGUCGAUACCCCACCCUUCCAGAUACCCUUGACGAUGAUUCUUUGCACGAACAGUUUUCUUUGGUUCACCACCAUCUCCUCGCGCUCACGUCUCAGGAGCACCCUACUAACCAGGCGUUCAACUUCUACACUGAUGCGAACAUUAUGGAAGCGAAAAAGGCCCUCGCAGCGGUGGACUCCCUCAAAAGGCGGUUGAUCGCGCUUGUUGAAGACUGGCCGGAUCAGAUGGUUUUACAACACCUGAAAGACCGCUGCGAUGCAUACUUGGCCCUGGAUGCAAACAGCCCCGUUGCUAAAUUGUUGUCCGCCCUGGAGCAAAUUAUACUGCAGACAGAGGACUGGGAGAUGUACGCACACCGUGGAAAUAGCCUCAGGACACAUCAGCAAGCAUUGACAACGCUCGUCGUAGAAUGGAGACGCUUGGAACUGUCCUGCUGGAAAGUGUUGUUGCAAUCUCAGUUCGACUCGUUCGUCAAAGGAGUUUCGGAAUUUUGGUUCCGGCUGUAUGACCUCACAGUGCGCGGCACGCUUACUGCAGCUAAUGAGGACGAAGGAGCUGGUAGUGGAGCUCUCCAACAAUACCUCAGGCAACUGCCAUCGCUCCUAGACGACUUCUUGCGUUCCAGCGCUCUAGGUCAAUUCCAGGUUAGGUUGGAUCUCCUCAAGACUUUUGGGGUCAUCGUCCGUCAUAUCGCGUCUACAUCGGACGGAUGGCAGUGCAAUGCCCUCCGACGCGUCGGACUUAUCUUGACGUCCACUUGGAGAUACUAUCGAUUGUUCGCAGCCCAGCUAGCCGGCUCUCUUGCAAACCAAAGAGGAGGACUCGAGAAAGAUGUUCAGGCAUUCAUAAAGCUCGCUAGCUGGAAAGACAUCAAUGUUCAAGCCCUGAAGCAAAGUGCUCAACGAACGCAUCAUCAACUCUACAAGCUGAUCCGCAAAUUCCGUGAGAUUUUGCGUCAGCCCAUCGCUGAGCGCAUGUUGCCGACAUUCGCUGAUGAUGCAGAAUGUACCCAGUCAAUAGAUGCAUUGGGUUACUCGGGAGAUCUGGUCCUUGUAGUACGCACUCCGGAGCGCGGCGACUCUCUACAGCCUAACACAUCCCAGUCUUUCACUCCUUCUCACCUGGCCAAUUUAAACCAGACACUCGCGAGAUUCCAUGGACUGAUGAACAAUCGCAUUCGGGUUUUCCUGCGCCACCGUCUUCCUCAUCAUGUUGACCAACUUGCGGUCGAAAUCAUCGUGACCGCACGAGACCUAGCAGCAGAAGGUGUGCCCCCAGGUCUUUCCAAGGAGAAGCGAGAAAAAUACGCGAAGGGUCUACUGGUUCGCAAGAGGAAGGCUUUGAGUGAUCUCUUGAAGGAGCUCAAACGUGCUGGUCUCGCUGCCAAUGUCAAACCAGAAGUGCUCGCCGAGCUCAGAGAUGAAUGCUGGAUACGAGAGCAACCGGGGAUGACUCCAGAAAGUUCAAUACCUGUCGAAAAGGGGGAGUAUUACUUUGACCGCCUUCGUGGUGCUCUUCCAGCAGUCAGAGUCUUGCUGUCCGAUCACCACUCGGACAUAAGCACACGCGACCUUCUUCGAGGUAUUACCUUUGUAGAGUCUGGUUAUUCGUUAGCUCUUAAGGCGAGGUCUUCGCUUUCAACAGCUGUCCAGUGUUUCAUUGACAUCAAACGGUGCGCGGAGCGCCUCCAAAAGCUUGUCGAAGCACCUCUACUUGUCAAAGGAUGUUCGCCCACUCAUCUGACGCAUCUAUGUAGCGCACUCAGCUACGCUGUGCAUGCUUUCGAAGAACUUCUUCAAGGAAUUCGCCUCUUCAUCGAGAUUCAGGAGGACCAGGGCGCCGCAACCUCAGUUAUGGUUGAAGUCCAAUCAGUUUGUGAUAAGACACGAUUUCUUCGUGACUGUGUUUUGGAGGUUUUCCGGGGAAGCCAGUACACGAUGCCUACGGUGCUAUCCGAUACCGAACACGCCACUGUUAAAGAAGCUGAUGAACAUUUCCGUGCUAUCCCUGAAUACCUCCAAAAUAUGAAAGCGACGGAAUCACGACUCAGCUACAUCUUGUCUCCUAUACAGCACUGGCUGCGUGAUCAAUACGUUUCUACAGAUGCAGAUGCAACACCCCAAGCUGUAGAGCCAUUGGGUGCGGACGUUGUUAUCGAGACGCUUUUGGUUACAGUGCAGUCCCUCUUGAAAAGGUGUUCGGAAGGGUCUGCCGACGAGCAUGCUGAUGAUGAAACCCAGGAUAACUUCAUCCGCGAGGACUCGCGUACAGUUUCAGGCUUCACUCAGUCCUUGGACCUUAAGGUGCUGUCGGAACGGCUGAGUGUCAUGACGGCACAUCUUUCCUCCCUUCCACAGUCUGACAUCCAAGGAAGCCUUCGGCGCCUUCUCCCCUUCCUCCAGUGCUACAUCGCUUUCGUAGGUGAACACCUCACAGCGCACAGUCAAUGGACGAAGGCCCUCUUCAAGCUUGACUUCGUCGUUUGCUCUGUCAUGCAUACCAUCGCUAAGCAAGGCUUUUGUUUACCCCAAGAGACGACUGAUUCUGGUGACGGCGAAGGUGGUACCGAAACUGCCGGAGGAGUGGGCCUAGGCGAGGGAAUGGGAACGGAGAACGUGAGCAAGGAGAUUGAAGAUGAAAGUCAGGUUGAAGGCCUGAAAGGGGACGAAGGUGAAGCACCAGAUGAGCAGGAGCACGGCGCCGAUGAUAACACCAUUGAGAUGAGCGAGGAUAUAGGUGGGAGUAUGGAAGAUGUACCCGACGACGGGGAUCAGGACGGAGAUCAGGAAGAGGAUGAUGACGAGCAGGAGGGACCGGACGAGCAGCUGGGGAAACUUGAUGCGGGCGAUCCAAACGCAGUCGAUGAAAAACUGUGGGGCGACGAAUCGGCAGAUUCAGAUUCUGCGGAUCAGGACCAGGUGCCUCAAGAUCGCUCGGAAAUGCAGGAGAAGGAGUCAGAGGUCGUAGCCAAGGAGCGCAACCAAUCAAAGAAAGAAAGUGGGAAGGAGAAAGAGGACAAAAAAGGUGGCACGAUGGAUGAGAAAAGUGAGGAGGUCCAAGAAGAAGGUGAUGAACAUGAGGGCGAAGAAGACUUGGAGGCCCCAAAUGCCAACGGCGCGCCUAUGGACGAGUAUAUUCCAGAUGCCAAUACCCUGGAUCUGCCCGACGACAUGAAUCUGGAACCCGACGAAAGGGAGGAUCAAGGAGGACUCGAUAUGGGGGAUGAGAUGGACAAGGAGCUGGACGAAGAUGAACAACUCGCCGAUGAAAUGGAGGAAAUCGACCAACUCGGACAUGACGAGCCCCAAGAGGAUGGACCAGAACCCCAAUCGCCAGAAAACCAGCCAUCGGAUCAGCCUCCUCAUGCUGCAGAGGAUGCAGAGGAUGCAGAGGAAGACGUCGAGGAAGGCGCUGUUGCUCAGCCAGAUGUUUCUCCUGGGAGUGGAGACGCUGGGAACAAGGACAACGAGCCACAGGCCAGUGAUAGUGAUAGUGCGCAAAAAGGGCAAGCAGGUGAUGCUUCUGGUGAAAUGAAGGACGACGCCGCAGCAGCGGAACAGAGCACGAACGAGACCUCUGAAGAAUCCAGGCCAAGAGAUGAUGCUGAAUCCCAGAAGCCAUGGUCUUCUACCGACACUGCCCCGAAACCAGGUACAUCAGCGGAGGGCACGCAGCAUGACGGUGCAUCUGCCCGCCACCACACCGAACUCGCUACAAACCCUAUCCGCAACCUCGGUGAUGCACUCAAAGAGGUACAACAGCGCUUCGAAGAGAUCUUGAGCGGUGGAGAGUCUUCUCCAGCUGUCGCAGACAACGCGGCUGAGCAGGUGGAGUAUGCUGAUGCGGACGACGAGAUGCAGGCUCUGGGUGCGGCAGACGAGGAGCAGGUCGCGAGGCUCAGUGAGCUAAGGCUUGUUGAUGAGCAGACAGAGGCAGUUGCGCUACCUAUGGACAUCGAUACUCCCCACCCAGAUGAACUCGUACCACCACAGCCAUUGGCGUCAUUGCAUACAGAGCCAGCGACUGAGGGUGCACGUCCAGACGUCGAAGGCGCUAUAUCUCAGGUGGAUACCCGCUCUGGUGCAGACUUCGAACAUGAUUCCUCACGCCGUGAUCAUUCGUCUGCACAAGUGGAUGUCGAUGAAGACAUGGAACAGUCCAGUUCAGACAGCUCCUUUGAAAACAUAGAGGCGGCCCUCCGGACCUGGCAGGAUUCAGGCUAUACCUGCGAAGCCGCUGAGUCUCUUUGGCGUCUCUACACAUCCCUCACACACGACCUCUCGUACGCUCUUUGCGAACAACUGCGACUUAUCCUUGCACCCACCCUGGCCACGCGUCUGAAAGGUGACUACCGCACAGGCAAAAGGCUCAACAUGAAGAAGAUUAUCCCCUACAUCGCUUCUGAUUACACCAAAGACAAGAUCUGGCUUCGACGCACGCGCCCCAGCCAGCGCGAGUACCAGGUCCUUCUUGCACUCGACGACAGCCGCAGCAUGGCAAGCUCCCGUAGCGUCCAUCUCGCUUACCAAACACUUGCUCUCGUGAGCAACGCUAUGGGGAAACUUGAAGUCGGCGAUAUCGCAAUUGCUAGGUUCGGCGAAGGCAUGGAGUUACUUCAUGGCUUUGAUGAGGGACCAUUCACGGAUGCUGCUGGCGCAAAGACGCUCGGGGCCUUCAGAUUUGAGCAGCGUGCGACGAAUGUUUUGGACCUGGUGGACACGAGCCUCGGGGUGCUAGAGAGUGCGAGAGAGAGGAGGGCCACCGGGUCGGCAAGCGCAGGUGAACUGUGGCAGCUCGAGAUCAUCAUUUCGGACGGUAUCUGUCAAGACCACGAGCGUUUGCGGCAGGUACUCAGAAAGGCAGCAAGUCAGCGCGUCAUGAUUGUGUUCAUCAUCAUCGACUCAUUGCACUCGACCUCCACUUCUGGGCAGGGGCAAACUCAAGACCCUUCUGCUGUACAAAACUCGAUCGUCUCGAUGAAUCAAGUCGCCUACACGAUGGUUAACGGGCGGAUGGAGCUUCAGAUGGAGAGGUACCUGGAUUCUUUCCCGUUCGAUUACUACGUGGUGUUACGAAGCGUCGAGGCGCUGCCUGAAGUACUGUCAGAUACCCUUAGACAGUUCUUCGAAAGGAUCUCGGAAGAGUAGAAUGCAUGCAUUUUUUGCUACUUUGAAUUGUUUAUAGAUGUACAUACACUGUUUGGUAUAAAAAAUUGUGCUAGAA